AUGACUACGAAUCACAGACCACAGCUAGAAGCAAAAAAAGGCAGACGGCUCAAUAUCCAAGGGUCGAUAGUCCACGCGAGAGCAUUGCCACAGCAGCAAAAGCUAAAAUACAGAUCAGAUAUACCAAAGGAGAAGUUUACUCGAGCAGUACAGGAGUUGAAACACGAGCAAAAUGGCACUCAUCCGCCACCGCUGCUGCUGCUACUGCUGAAGAAGAAGCGUUUACUUGUAGGUUACGCCAGCAGCGAUGACGAAGACGACGACCACGUGCAAACGCGAACCAAAGCGAACGACGACUUGAAAAAGAGCGACCAGAUCGAUGAUGGCUCGAUUAGACUCGAUGCCAUGCGGGAUGAGCACAAGUUGAAGAAACCGAAAGUCGAGUCGCUGGAUACCAUAUCAACUUCCAAAUCAGGUGCUGCGCUGCCGUCAGUUGCGGAUCCAGCUAGUGAUUCAGACUCAGACUCAAACGAUGACAACGAUGAUGAUGAUGAUGAUGCGGAGGAGACAGCGGCGCUCGUGGCCGAGAUCAACAAGAUCAAGCAACAAAAAUCGUCAGCGGUGCGGGAACGAGCCCAACCCAAGGAGAACACGCUAGCUGCAUUAAUGCACAGGAUAGAGACAUCUAAAGCUGAGCCCGAGCCCGAGAACAAAAACACAAACAAGCCCCCGAGUUCAAACUGGCGAGAUACGCCGUUUAGAUUUAAACGAACUAGCGGCGACGCAAGCACGCUGCAGCGAGAUUUCACCACGGAGACCCUCAAGUCCAAGUCUCAUCGCGAGUUCCUUUCAAAAUUCGUGGGAUAA